AUGGCUGCAGAGAAGGAAGAAUGGAAGAUCCCCCAGCUCACAGCCGAAAACCACGAUACUUGGUUUCGCCGAAACAAGGUCAAGCUUAAGGGGAAGAAAGUCUUCUAUGUCUGCGAGAAAAAUCUGGUACAGCACUGUCAAAUAGCAACAGCUAGUAGACUAACGGAGGCUAUGGAAGAGUUGGAAAUUGCUGAAACAGACAAGCAUACCAAGAUCCGCGUCAACAUUGAAAAAAGAGACAAGUACCUAGAAGAUGAAGCCACUGCAAUCGAUCUCUUGUUUCGGUCGCUUAGCGAGGAUGACCAAGCCCUCAUUGACGAAUACGAUACUGCCUUCCAAUUCUGGGCCUACCUACAAAAGAAGUACACCCAAACUGACGCCACAACUGCCAACAUAUACAUGACUAGAAUUCAAACGUUCACAUUUAAUCCCGGGAACACGAUUGUUGGAUCAUGGGAGAAGCUAAAGGACUACCGACGUAAACUUGUAGCAGCAGACGCCGACACCAACGGAGCUUACAAGGACUCUGCACUACUACUCGUUCUUAUCAGAUCACUUCCGAAAGAAUUCAAGACUACGAUUGACACCUUAAACGCCCAACUUAACCUCACGGUUGAACAGAAACUUAAGUUUCUGGAAGAGAAGGAGGUUCGAGACCAGCAAGACGCCAACGAAAAAGCUCUUCCAGCAUUCCGAAAGACGGAGAAGUAUGUUCCGCCUUACAGGCGUCGAAAUCAUAAGAACUCGCCACUAUCGUCUGACUCCGAAUCUGGUGCCAAAUUCACGGUCCAAUGCUUCCUUUGUGAUGGAGCCCAUGGCGUACGAGACUGCCCAAGACGUGAGAGAGCUCGAAAGCUCCUUAAGGAAUACGACGCUAAGAAAUCAUCUAAGCUGCUCGUUAAGACACCUAAGCAAAGGAAUUCCCACAAAAGGACUGGCAAAGCAUAUGGAGCCGAAGAAGUCAAUUCAGAGUCAGAUGAAUUAUCUGAGACCUCAGACUCCGAACCCGAGGAAAUUGAGACAUGCCGUCUCUCAAAAGACAUCGUCGGUAAGGCCUCUCCAUCUACCUGGGCUGCCGACACUGGCGCAUCCUCUCACAUGUCUGACCAACCCUCAUUAUUUAGACGAAUGAUUAAGAUCAAACGAAGAGUCGUUCGGGUUGGAGGGGGAGAAUUAUAUGCGGACUGGAAAGGAGAAGCUCAAGUGGUGUGUAAGGAUGGAUCGUCGACAUGGCUGUCAGAAGUACUGCUUGUACCUAACCUUGGAGUCAAUUUGUUAUCAGGAAGAAGAAUUUGCGCAGCAAGCCUGAAGGGUCGUUUCAAUUCACACGCACUAUACUUCAAACUAGGAAAGAAGGUUAUUAUUGAAGCAACUAUGGACGACGGCCUCUACGUAGUGUCACACAUUGCCGAUGGAUACCAAGAAACAGCAUUUCUAGGCACGGAACUCCAUGCACCAGUUAAGAGCGAGCUUAAGGUUAAUGAAAAGGAGAGAUACUUGCUGUAUCACAGACGCUUCGCACACCUAGGACCUGCAAAGAUUGCUAAACUCCACGAAGUUACAACUCUCCAGAAGAAGAUUCAAGUUCCAGAGAAGAUAGAAAUCUGCGAAGUGUGUUCUCUGACGAAAAUGAAGAACAGCAUCCCUAAGCAGCUGAGAGAGCAUAAGGCCACGAAGCUAGCCUUAGUACAGUUUGACAUUGCAGGACCCUUUCCAACAUCUCUGCGAGGAAACAGGUGGUUCCUCCUUAUUAUUGACAGUUACACGCACAGAUGUCAAUGA